UUUUCAGACAAAUUCCGGGGUUUUGUCCAAGUUGUUCCACCACCGCCACCCCCGUCCGAUGCCAGAAUGAGACGGAGUUAUGAAGGUCGAUUACUUCGAAGUGACCUUAGAUAAGGGUAUCGAUGAACCGUACUUGGGCGGUGAUCCGAUCAAAGGCAUCAUUGAGAUGGUUUGCUCCAAACAGGUUCGGAUCACUGGGCUUAUCGUUCGGUUGACUGGUGUCGCGGAGACAGGUUGGCGGAGUAGGCAGGACGAUCUGCCUUAUGAGAGUAGGCACACAUUUAUGGACGAGCAGAUUGAUUUAACCACAACAAUAGCGGAGCACUGCACCGACGAGUUCGAACUCCACGAGGGAAAGCAUAGCGUCGAGUUUGAAGGCCGGAUACCUCUGGACGUUCUGUCAUCUGUGGAACGAGACAAUCACGGGAGCAUACGAUACAUGUGCACAGCGCUGAUGGCUAUUCCAGAGGAUGGUGAUACUGAAGUAGUGUCUGAAAAAACGUUCAAAGUGUUCUCGCUGCUCAACUUGGACGCCCCAUAUCUACACGAUAAAGCACAUGUGACCGAGGAGGAGGAAAUAACCGGAUGUUGUGGCCGGCGGAAAGGUGCCCUUAUCGCCACAAUGCAAGUCGAUGAGAUUGGUGUGAUGCCGGGAAUGACUUCGAAAAUCAGUUUAACCGUGGAGAAUAAGACGAAGAAACGAAAAAAAUGGAUGAGGAAGAAGGACAAUCACGAAUGUGUGCUUCUAUCUUUGUGUCAGCAAUUGGAUUUUGUAGCCGUGAAUCGGAAUGAUCCAAUGAUGAUUGAUAGGAAAUCUAUUACAAUAGCUGUGGAGAGUCAUGGAACCUGCAAAACAAAAGCCGGCGUUGGACCUCAAACCAAAGAAAUCGAGUUCAGUGUACCUCCUAACCUCCCUCCAACGUCAAUUCACGCGAAUCGCCUUGUCACAGUUUCGUAUUUCUUCAAAUUAGAUCUGGAUCACUUUGACUUAGUAUUACCCGUUAUUGUGGGCAGUGUAAAGUCGUCGGCGUCAAAUGGCUCCGAGAAGUAGUAAUUGUACGGUGGAGCGCACUUGUAUCAUUUACAAAAAAACGGGAAGAGCCCAGGCAUUGAAUAAAUUUUUUUCCAAAACAUGCUCUGACUCAAAUCGGGUUUUGAUCUCCAAUUUUUAGCUGUUUUUAUUCCAAAUUCUUGCAAUUUUAGCCCGGUUUUUUUUUCAAUUUUUUUCAAUUUUUUUAAUAAAAUUUUCUAUUCUUCAAGUUUUAUUCUAGUUUUUCCUGUAACUUUUACCCCAAUUUUCCUUCAUUUUCAUACAUUUCUUGGCAAUUUUCUUAUUUCAAUUUCAAAUUUCAAGUUAUGUCUUUCCUUUUUUUCAAAUUUUUUCAAUAAAUGUUAUUCGCCUAAUUGUAUACAA